AUGCACUCCCGUCUCCUUGUCUCUGGCCUUCCCAGGUCUCUGCCCCCCCUCCCACGCUCGCCUGCCCCGCCGUGCCUUCCCUGCGUUGAGGGGCGGCAGCGCGCCGCUCCUCACUCCUCCGAGUUUCCUCCGACCACUACUCCUCUGCAGACUCUCCACAUGGACAAGUGGGGCCCAGCCUGUGUCAGUGGGACGAACCAGGAGCGCUACUUCCUGCUGGUCGUUGACGACUAUUCGCGCUACACCACAUUCUUCCCCUUGUGCCAGCAAGGCGGACGUCACUGGGGUGGUGAGUUCUCUUUUGGCCUCCUUGCAGAGUUUUGUCGAGACGAGGGCAUCUGCCAGACGUUCACGCUUCCGCCCUCUCCACAGCAAAAUGGGAUUGCAGAGCACCGCAUUGGCUUGACCCCCUCCCUGGAGGUGCUUGUACUAGAGGUACUGAAUCUGCCGGAGCUGGUGGUGCUGCUGGUGCUGGAGGUGCUGCUGGAGGUGCUGGGGGUACUGGAGCUGCUGGCACUGGAGGUGUUGGUACUACUGGUGCUGGAGCUGCUGGAGCUGCUGGUCCUGGUGGUGCUCGUACUAGAGUUGCUGGAGCUAUCGGAGCCGGUGGUGCUGGUGGUGUUGGAGGUGCUACUGGAGGUGCUGGCACUGGUGCUACUAGUGCUGGAGGCGUUGGAGCUGGAGAAACUGGGGGUACUGGAGCUGCUGGCACUGGAGGUGUUGGUGCUCUUGGUGCUGGAGCUGCUGGUCCUGGAGGUGCUCAUACUAGAGGUACUAGAGUUGUCGGGGCUGAUGGUGCUGCUGGUGGUGGAGGUGCUUCCGGAGCUGCUGGCACUUGAGGUGUUGGUGCUGUUGAUGCUGGAGGUGCUGCUGGUACUGGAGGCGCUGGAGCUGGAGGUACUGGAGUCUCAGCCACAGCUACUGCCUGGCUCUCCGCUGCCUGCUCCUAUUCCUCACACUGAGGUGACUGAGUCCCUGACUGAGCGUCCACAGCGUGACUAUGAGCUGCACUCCCUCGACUUCUCCACAGCUUUCUUGCAGGGCAACCUUCACGAGGAGAUCUGGCUGCGCCGCCCACCUGGCUUCAUUGGGUCGUUUCCUGCUGGUACCCAGUGGAGCCUGUGGCAGCCAGUCUACGGUCUCCGCCAGGCGCCCCGCAAGUGGCACGAUACACUGAGGACUGCACUUGCGGCUCUUGGGUUUGCUCCGUCGACUGCUGACCCGUCGCUGUUUUUAUGCACCGACACUACCCUGCCGCCAUUCUACGUUCUCGUGUACGUCGACGACUUGGUUUUUGCUACUGCUGACACUGAGGCGCUAGCCCUAGUGAAGGUGGAGUUGCAGGAGAGACACACCUGUUCUUACCGGGGUGAGCUGCGUAGCUAUCUUGGCUUGCAGAUCACCCGGGACAGAGCACGGCGCACCAUCACCCUGACUCAGUCACACAUGGUGCACCAGGUCCUUCAGCUCUUCGGCUUCCAGUAA